AUUAAUAAAUGCUAUUCUUAAGCCACUUAAAAGCACUCCUAUGGAAAAAUUGGCUGCUAUGGAGACGUAAGUUCAUUGGCAGCAUCUGUGAACUAAUCUUCCCCCUCAUUGUUGUUGGAAUCACUGUGGGAAUCAGAUCCACAUCAGACACUAUUGUACAAGAAGGCGGUCCCUUCAUUGACGAAGGGCAUCUAUUUACUGCACCUGGAGAUGACAACCAGUUUUAUCAAGAUCUCUCAGCUCUUACAGAGAAUGAGCCCUUCUUAAUGGAGACUCUUGGAGGGAACUAUUGGACUGUUAUUGGAGAAGAUAGAGCUGAAGUAGAAGCCAUGAAAGAAGCAUUACAGCCGUUUGUAGAACUCUUUCAAACACAAUCUCAAAGACAGCUCACUUUCUUAGAUGAUAUGCUGACUCAAGAUGACUUAUUUGACUUUGUCAAGAAUCCAAGCUAUGGGAAAGAUUCAGAAUUUGACACACUUUUCUUUGCUGUUGGGCUACCCACAGAUCCAGAGGACAAUCCUCAUGAAUUCACUAUUUUUCAACCUGAUGAAGGUCCAAUGUUAAUCCCUUCAAUGAACUGGGAUAGGAUCUUCUCGAUCCCAGAUUUCGAUAGCUACUAUCUGUACUCAAGAAAUGGAUUUGCUGGUUUACAAAGUUUUAUUGCAAACUAUAUUCUCAGAAAAGAAACUGGAUUAGAAGAAGCUUCAGUAGAUACUUAUAUUGCACUUGGAUACCUCCCAAGAUUCUUGCAGGAUAAUUACCUUAAGGAAGAUGGAAGAGCAUCAUUCCCUGUUUUCAUCUUGCUCAUAUUCAUCAUCCCCUUGUUCAGGCUGGUGAACUCUUUAACUGGAGAGAAAUCCUCACGUGCUAGAGAAGGUAUGAAGAUUAUGGGACUUAAUGACACUCCAUACUGGGUAUCUUGGUUCAUAUACUAUUCAGGAAUUUGAUUGGUCAUAUCGAUAAUUUCCGGAUUAAUGCUCACCUUCCUCAUCUUUGAAAACUCCUCUGCGUUCUUUAUAAUUCUCUGGUUGUUCUUGUACGGCAUGACCUUCUUCUCAUUUGGUGUUCUGGUUGCUUCUAUAAUGCACAAACCUAUUAAUGCAUGCAUAUUUGUGACACUUCUCCAUUUCAUACCAUAUUUUAUAUUCAUACCUAUUAAAGAGCCAGAAGUAUCAGAUGGUGUAAGGUUGGGACUAUCAAUAAUACCAACUGUUGCUAUGGCUAUCUCAUCACAGACUAUUUUUGACCUUGAGCAAUCAAUUGCAGGACUUACUGGGUCAACCUUGUUCUCAUCUGUGUCUAAAUUCCCAGUUGGUAUUGCAAUUGUUUCCUUCUUGAUCAAUAUCUUUGGACAAUUCUUACUUGGAUUGUACCUCGAUAAUGUGCUCCCAAAGCAGUUUGGAAAAAGACAACACCCCUGCUUCAUGUUCAAAAAGUCCUAUUGGUUUGGAGCUCCUGUAGCUGCUGAAAGUGGGACAAACCAAAGAUUACUAGAUGAAGAAGAUCCAGAACAGAAUAAUGAUUCUGAGAAUUUUGAAGUAGCCCCUCCGAACGUGAGACAGCUUGAAAAAUCAGGAGAGUGUAUGAAAGUUAGAAACCUUCGCAAAGUCUAUGGAGACGGCAAAGUUGCUAUUGAUGACUUGUCUCUGACCAUGUACAAAGACCAGAUCUUCGCACUUUUGGGUCAUAACGGAGCUGGCAAAACCACGACGUUUUCAAUUCUGAUGGGUCUGUAUCAGCCGUCUGGCGGAUCAGCUUCGGUGUUUAACAUCAACAUGGUCGACCAGUCAGACCAAGUGAGGAAGAACUUGGGAGUGUGUCCACAGUUCGAUAUUUUGUUUGACACGCUGACCCCUGAAGAGCACCUGAGGCUUUACUGAAUGUUUAAAGGAGUGCCUUCUGAAGAAAUUGAUAAUCAGAUUGAAAAGACUCUCAAAGAUGUUGAUCUCUUAUCAAAGAGGAAAUCAUUUGCUAAAAAUCUAUCAGGAGGACAGAAGAGAAAGCUGUCUGUAGGCAUCGCAAUGAUCGGAGGAUCUAAACUGAUUCUUCUUGAUGAGCCCACAAGUGGAAUGGACUUGACUGCUAGAAGAAAGAUAUGGGAUAUGCUGAAGCAAAAUAAGAAAGACAGGAUUAUCUUAUUGACCACUCAUUUCAUGGAUGAAGCUGAUAUCUUGGGUGACCGUAUUGCAAUCAUGACCUCUGGUAAAGUCAAAUGCUGUGGAGGGUCUCUGUUUCUUAAGAAGAAGUUUGGAGUUGGAUACAACCUCGUGAUUGCCAAAGAAACAAAGCUUCCUAACCCAGACAUUGAAAAGUUUGUGUUCAGUAGAAUAGAAAACUGCAUUAAGCUUUCAGAAGUGUCUUCAGAAGUCACUUUUCAGAUGCCAAUGACAGAAUCUCACAAAUUCGAGAGCUUCUUCACAGACCUUGACAACAGUCUGGAAGAUUUGAAAAUAAAGAGCUAUGGAGUUGGAGUGACCACUCUCGAAGAAGUCUUCUUGAAAGUUGGUUAUCAAAAAGGAGAAGAAAUUGAAGAAAUGGAGUAUUCUAAACAUGAAGAAGCAGAGGGACAUCAAACGAAGAGUCAGCUAAACUACUCAGGCAACAGUGAUGUAGGAGGAUAUUCUGUUGCAGAGGAUCAUGAGAAGAACGUCUUCUGGUUACAUUAUUAUGCUCUAUGUGUAAAAAAUUUCUUGGUUCCUUACAGGCACCUGAAAUCUUUCCUGAUUGAGGUUUUUGUGCCAAUAAUAUUCAUACUUAUUGGCCUUUUUCUCUCAAAUCUGAAAUUUUUCAAGGAUGCUCAACCAUAUUACAUUGACAUGAGUGCUUUACCAUCAGGCAACAAGCUUUUCUUAUCCACCCUACAGCCUAAUCUUCCUGAGUUUCAGAAAUAUGCUGAUGCCAUUGACCAAGAAAUCUUCAACCCUGAAGGCAUCGACUUUCCUCAAGAUGGGGAAACUCUUUUAGAAAACUUCUUAGAGUUUGAACAAAAUAUGUUCCACGAAAUCGGAGGUUAUGACAAUCGAGUGAGGAAUUCAGGCAACCAAUUUGUUCACAAUAUUGAUCUUGACGAGAAGAGGUGUGGAGUUGUGGCUACAGUUAACGCAUUUGGAAGAGACACUGUCCCAAUUCAUAUGAACAAAAUGCUACAAACCUGAAUGAGAGUCUUACUUGAUCAGCCUAACUUUGAACUGAGAUUUAGAAGCCAUCCACUUCCUUUAACUAACGAAUCACUUGCUAGGGCUAAAAAUAUGGGAGGUUCAAUCAUCUCACUUCUAUUUGCAAUAGCUUUUGCAGUUGUCCCAACAGGAAUUGCAGCAACUCUAGUUAAGGAAAGAGAAUCUAAUGUAAAACACCAGCAGAUGAUAUCUGGAGCCUCUAAACUUUCAUAUUGGCUGAGCACUUAUACAAUUGAUUUGAUCCGUGGAUAUUUUCCGAUUACAUUCGGUAUUAUUAUGAUAUUUGCGUUUGAUGUAGAUUUACCUUUCGUAUGGGUUCAUUUCAUACUAUUCGGAUUGGUCAUUCACCCAUUUACCUAUGCUACCACCUUCUGGUUUAAGAAACACGGCGUUGCUCAACUUAUGACUAUCAUCAUCAACAUUGGCUUAGGAGCUUUGAUCCCUAUAGCAAUUUUAAUAUUGCAGACUAUUGAGAGCACUCAGAAUAUAGCGAAUACUCUAAGAUGGAUCCCAAGGAUCUUCCCUAUCUUCUCAAUGAUCAAUGGUAUUGUACAGAUAUCUAUUAGAAAUCUAAUUGGGCAGCAGAAAGGAGGCAAAGAAAUGCCUCAUCCUCUCGACAUGAGCAUCUCAGGAGGAGAUGCUCUCUUUUUAGGAAUAGGAUUCUUCUUCUGGUGGGGAGUCACACUCUUUUCAGAAGGAGGGAUAUUUACAAAAGUCUUCCAAAGUCUCAAAUGCAAAAGAGUUGUUGAGGACUUCUCAAGAAGAACAGAAAAUGUGAAAACUGAUUCAGAUGUCCUUAAAGAAGAGCUUAGAUGUGAGAAACUUGACCCGAAAGAGUGCUCUGUGCUUGUCAAUGGACUCAGGAAAGGAUUUACUGUUAAUGGAGAACCAUUUGUUGCUGUUAAAAAUAUUUCUUUUGGGCUUGAAAAUGGUGAGUGAUUUGCUUUACUAGGAGUCAAUGGAGCAGGCAAGAGUACUACUUUUAAAAGCAUGAGCGGAGAUAUUACACCAAGCGAUGGGAAAAUUUAUAUUGAUGGGUAUGAUAUCUCCUCCAUAAAUGAAUUUUCAGAAGCUCGGAAACUUAUUGGCUAUUGCCCUCAAGUCGAUGCCUUAUUCGAUGGCUUGACUGUCUUCGAGCAUUUAGUGUUCUACUCAAGAAUCAAAGGCAUUCUUGCUCACAAACGGGACUCACUUAUCCAGAAAGUUAUGAACGAACUCGACCUGGAAUCUUUCAAACAUGUGAGGUGUGAGAAAUUAUCUGGAGGAAACAAGAGAAAACUCUCAGUUGCCAUGGCAAUGAUUGGCAACCCUCCAAUCAUUUUCCUUGAUGAGCCUUCGACUGGAAUGGAUCCCAGAGCGAAGAGGUUCAUGUGGACAAUUAUCUCGAGAAUCUCGACGCUGAACAAGAAGAGCACGAUUAUCCUGACAACUCACUCGAUGGAAGAGGCAGAGGCCUUAUGCACAAAGAUGGGCAUCAUGGUUAGAGGCAGGUUCAAGUGCUUUGGAUCGUCUCAAGAAAUCAAAGACAAGUUCGGUACAGGCUACGAGAUCGAAGUCAAGGUGAAAUGGCCAACAGACGAAGAAGCUCUCAACUAUAUUAAAGAUAAAGGACUUGAUUCUGAAAAAUACGUAACUUUGCAGGAAUUAGAAGAAACUAUGAAUACUCUUGAGAAGCAAAAACUUCUUGCGAUACCUCAAUUUUCGGAUCUAAAGAGCGAUGUUGAAAAAGAUGGAUCAAUCUCUAUGAUAUCCCUCUGCCAAUGGGCACUAUUAGAAGAGUCUGGAUGUCUAAUUAAAGAUGAACUUGAGAAGAGCAAUACUGAAUGCAAAAUUCUAGAACACCACAACAAUUUCUAUAAAUUCAGACUAGAAAGGGGAUUAAAGAGUCUAGGCUUUUACUUUGGAUUCAUGGAAAAAUUGAAGCAGAAGGUCAAUUUCUCAGAAUAUGGAGUCAGUCAGAGCACUCUCGAACAAAUUUUCAACACUUUUGCUAGGGAAGAUGAAGAUUAGAAAGGAUAUUUGACAAUCUAAGAUCCAAGGAAAUUUAUCAAAAUUCUUAAACUUC